AUGCGUAUUUCCCUAUCGGAUACAGGGGAAACGAAGAGCAUGACAGCUUCUUCACCCCGUCCGGAAAAGAACCGGUCUGAAACGAUUACUUCCCAUGUAGCCAUGGGUGAUCCAAAACUCGUCCAUGGACAGUCCAGUUGUCCAGAGAUGGGUCGGAUGCAGUCCAGAAAGUUCGACAUUAUGAACGAAAUGAAGAGACACAUGGAGAGGGGUAAGGCAAAAGAGGCAACUUUCCCCGAGCUACAUGCCUGGGGGCUUCCACGCCGGGGCCCAACCAAUCAUGCUAUUCAUUCCCACGUGCGAGACUUCACCAAGAUGGCGGAAGCACUUGAAAAGUGGAAGUUGUUGCCAGCUUUCCUGAAGGUUAGAGGUCUCGUGAAGCAGCACAUUGAUUCCUUUAACUACUUUGUGAUUGUGGAGAUCAAGAAGAUAGUGAAAGCCAAUGAAAAGGUCACCUGUGAGGCUGAUCCUACAUUCUAUGUCAAGUGA